AUGAGUGAAGGAAAUCCACCGUCUGCUGCCCCAAGCGCAAAGUCCAAGAAGAACAAGAAGAAGGCCGCAAAAGCCAAAGCCGGCUCCAAGGCCGACGAGGAUCCAGAGGAUGCGCCAGCCGACCACAAUGACACUGAUAACGAGCCCCACGAUGCCAACGAGGAUCCCAUACAAGUGCCAGAACCCAACGGCGCCAAGACCGACACGAUAGAUGGCAGUCUACCAGAUCGGUCUCUCAAUAACCCGGAGCCCAUGGCUACUAGCGAUGCCCCCUCGGGAACCGAUAUCCAGCCCGACACCACUUCCGAUGGCACCGAGCCAAAGGACCGAUUCGAUGCUCUUGUUCGAGAUCGCGACUCGUUACGCGCCGAAGUAGCCGACAUGCGGAAAUCAUUGGAAGAGAUUCGGUCCAAGCACACCGCAGAUAUGGAGGCCCUACAGGAUAAAUUGGAGGAUGCGGAGAACAAAAAGGAGCAGGCGGAAACGCAGUUUCAGAUGCUCCUGGAACGAGUCAACACUAUCAAAUCGCAACUAGGGGAACGACUCAAGGAGGAUGCUGAGGAAUUGUCUCUAGCACGAUCACAAAUCGAAGAGCUUGAAGACGAGAACAACAACUUGAAGGAUGAGCUCGAUUCAAAGUCCACCCAGCUGUUAGAACUCUCGGGCGAUUCAGCAGAGAAAGAGAAGGAGCUGUCCACUCUCCGGGACCGGACAAACUUAUCCCAACAGAAUUGGUUGAAGGAGAAGGAGGAACUGCUCGAGCAAGAGUCCUACCUCCAGUCGGAGUUUGAACAAGCGAAGGAGGCUAUGCAUAAUUGGGAAAUUCUUGCCAUGGAGGAGCGAUCCAUCCGGGAGAACCUGAACGAGAAGGUCGGGGAUCUGGAGGAGCAGCUCAGCAGCCUGCGAGAUGGUUAUGAACGAGCCACCGAUGAACGUGACACCCAACAGUCAACAGUUGACGGCCUCCAGCGAGCUUUACAGGAAAUCCAAUUGGCGCGAAAGCAAGAGCUGCGGGAGCUUGUCGAGAGCUCUGAUUCUCAACUCGAGGACCUCCGACGCUCUCUGCGGGAAGCACAGAAGCAGGCUACCGACGCCGACAAGGGUCUCCAGAAUGCUCAGGAAGAGAUUGAGCGAGUCCGGCCAUUUGAGAAAGAGGUUAAAGAGAAGAACCUGCUCAUUGGCAAGCUACGGCAUGAGGCAGUCACGUUGAAUGACCAUCUGACGAAAGCCCUACGAUUCCUCAAGAAAGGAAAGCCGGAAGAUAAUGUUGACAGACAUAUUGUCACCAACCAUUUCCUGCACUUCCUUGCUUUGGACCGAUCCGAUCCAAAGAAAUUCCAAAUAUUGCAACUUAUUGCUGCAUUACUAGGCUGGAACGAUGAGCAACGUGAACAGGCAGGUCUUGCCCGCCCAGGGGCCUCAAGUAUGCCCGGGAAGCUCCGAGUCCCUGGCACUCCCCUCCGCACCCCGAGCACGCCAAACCUGGCGACGGAGUUCAUGGACAAUGGUGCCUCCAGUAAAGAGUCGUUAGCCGAACUAUGGUCUAAUUUCCUGGAGCAAGAAGCGGAGGCUAAGCUGGAUUUGGACGGAACAAAGCCGUCUUCAGCUAAAGAAUCGCUUUCAGUUUUUAAUUAUAUGCCUCUCUCGUCUUUCCGUGUCUUCUCAGCCUUCUACAGACCAUUUGUCCGUGCGACUCAUUCUGCAUCUACAAUGACCUCCAAUGCCUACCGCCCCAUUGUGAUUUCAGGCCCAUCGGGGACUGGAAAGUCGACUCUGCUCAAGCGACUAUUCGCCGAGUAUCCUGAUACCUUUGGAUUUUCUAUCUCGGAAACCACACGAUCCCCGAGACCUGGCGAGCAAGAUGGCCGUGAAUAUAACUUUGUCACGAAAGAAGCAUUCCUCGACCUAGUGGCCAAGAACGGGUUUAUUGAACAUGCUCAGUUCGGCGGGAACUACUAUGGAACGUCAAUCCAGGCCGUCAAGAACAUUGCCGAGAAGAAGCGUAUCUGCAUACUGGACAUUGAGAUGGAAGGAGUCAAACAGGUGAAGCGGACGGAUCUCAAUGCGCGUUUCUUGUUCCUUGCACCGCCUUCUCUCGAGGUACUGGAGCAGCGCCUCCGUGGCCGUGGCACCGAGACCGAAGAUUCUCUACAGAAAAGACUCACCCAAGCUCAGAACGAGCUUGAGUAUGCAAAGCAACCCGCGGCUCACGAUAAGAUCGUUGUUAAUGAUGAUCUGGAGAAAGCAUAUGCUGAGCUGCGGGAUUGGGUUGUUGACGGUGGUAAGUUCGGUGCUGCGCAAUAG